AUGCCUCUCAUAGCCACUAACCCCAAACCUCGAAUAAUUCUUGGUCUCAUGAACUUUGGUCCAGACCCAUCCACUGGCGCACGUAUAACCUCAUUAGAUGAAUACAAUACCUUCCUCGAUCAUUUUCAAGGCGCCGGGUACAAUGAAGUCGAUACCGCACGUACAUAUGUUGGAGGGAAACAAGAAGCUUUCACACGCGAAGCAAAAUGGCAAGAAAGAGGCUUAACCCUGGCCACGAAAGUCUAUCCAACAGAAGCGGGAUUGCAUACAGAAGCAGAAAUAACAAACAGAUUCGAGACGAGUUUGAAAGAGUUGGGGGCCGACUGUGUGGAUAUAUUCUAUUUGCAUGCUGCUGUUGGUUCAUCUCAAUCAUUCGAAAUAUCAACGAGUACUGAUAAGACACUAGCUGCUCUCGACAAACUCCAUAAGCAAGGCAAAUUCGUCAACCUAGGACUCUCAAACUUUACGGCCUUUGAAGUUUCAGAGAUAGUUAUGCAUUGCAAAUAUAACAAUUGGGUGCGGCCAACAGUAUACCAGGGAAUGUACAAUGCCAUUACCCGUUCCCUGGCCUCCGAACUCAUUCCAUGCUGUAAACGCUACGGUAUUUCUGUCGUCAUUUACAACCCCAUCGCAGGCGGUCUCUUUUCAGGAGCCUACAAGUCAUCAGAGAUUCCAACCAGUGGACGUUAUAGCGAUGCCGUGGGAAAGUUAGGCGAAAUGUACAGAAAACGCUAUUGGAAGGAAUCGAACUUCGCCGCAUUGAAAAUGAUCGAACCAGUCGUUCAAAAACACAAUCUGACAAUGGUGGAGACUGCAUUCCGAUGGUGUAUACAUCAUAGCGCACUGAAUGUUUUGGAUGGGGAUGAUGGAAUUAUCAUGGGAGCGAGCAGUAUUGAACAAUUAGAUUCAAAUCUCAAGGAUUGUGAGAAGGGACCAUUGCCCGAAGAAGUAGUGAAAGCUUUGGAUGAGGCUUGGGAGGUUUGUAAAGCAGAUACACCAAAUUAUUGGCAUUUGGAUUUGAAGUAUGAUUAUGAUACUAGGAAGGCACUGUUUGGCGUAUAG